UUGGAUGCUUUUAGUUCUUUGUUUGUCUAAACGUGAGGUCUACAUAUUUGAUUCUCAACAGAAGAAGAGAAAUUUGAUGAUUAAGGAGCCACUAAACAAUGCUUUUCGGAGUUACAAGAGACUAGGUGGACAAUCUAAGGGAACUAAAUUAAUAUGGAUUCCAGCACAGUGUGCUCAACAACCGGGAUCACUAGAUUGUGGCUACUACGUCAUGCGUUUUAUGUACGACAUAAUAAUGAAUCAUGGUAAUAGUCAAGAUCUUACUAAGGAUUUUUCAAGAACAUUGCCUUAUUCACCGGAGGAGAUUAAUGAGGUGAAAGAUUUUUGGGCAGAUUACUUCAUGAACAAUGUCGAAUUUUUAGCUUAAUUUGUAAUAUGAACUUGAUCUCUAGCUAGCUACGUACCUUUGUUGUAAUAAUUUUAUGUUUGUUGUAGCAUGUUGGUUGAUCGAUCUAUGACGAAUUUAAUUGCCUUUUAUUGGGAACGUUAAUUACGUUGUAAACUUUUGUGACAGGUAUUAUUUAUAAAUGUAUUCCCGGUAUUGGGAAUG